UCGUUCUGGAUAUGUCUCACGCAAUGAUUUGACCACAUGUGCAACUGUUUCUGAUGUUAAGUUUGUGCAAUCGUGGUCAAUAUAAGUUAUUUAUUUUGAAAGUUAACUCUUAAUUGAGAUAUUUAACUUUCUUGAAGUUGGAUUUGUUUACAAUGGCUGAUACACCAGAGCAAAACGGACCUUCUACCGGGGAAUCGUCUGCUACAGCAGAAAAUGCCGGAGCAGGCGAUUUGCCGAGGCAAAAGAGUGCUAAAGAAUUGCAAAAAGAAGCAAAAAGAUUGGAAAAACUUGAAAAAUUUAAGGCAAAACAAGACAAGAUUCAAGCACAGCAGUCUAAAAAGCCUGAAGGGGAUGAGAAAAAGAAGCAGAAGAAGCAGCCAAAGGAUGUAAUCACAUAUGACGUUGCAACUCCCAAGGGAGAGAAGAAAGAUACCACUUGUGAUAUGCCUGAUGCGUACAGUCCUCAGUAUGUGGAAGCUGCCUGGUAUGACUGGUGGGUGAAUCAAGGCUUUUUCAAGCCAGAAUACUUGGAUAAAGAUGUCAGCAGUCUGAAAUAUGAAGAAAAAUUUGUCAUCGUGAUUCCGCCACCCAAUGUGACAGGAACUCUUCACCUUGGCCAUGCCUUGACCAAUGCUGUGCAAGAUUGUCUAGUCCGCUGGCAUAGGAUGAAAGGACGAGCCGUGCUGUGGAACCCAGGGUGUGACCAUGCCGGCAUUGCCACUCAGGUUGUUGUAGAGAAAAAGUUGUGGCGUGAGGAGAAACUGACACGUCAUGAUCUUGGCAGAAGCAAAUUUGUGGAAGAGAUCUGGAAAUGGAAAGAAGAGAAAGGAGAUCGCAUCUAUAAUCAACUUAAAAGGCUAGGCGGUUCCUUUGACUGGGAUCGUGCCUGCUUCACCAUGGACGCAAAACUGAGCAGGGCGGUGCUAGAGGCUUUUGUGCGACUCCAUGAGAAGAAUUUGAUCUACCGAAGCACUCGUCUUGUGAACUGGUCCUGCACCCUCAACUCUGCCAUAUCAGAUAUUGAGGUGGACAAAAAGGAAAUUGAGGGUAGAACACUUCUGAGUGUUCCAGGCUACAAAGAGAAAGUGGAGUUUGGAGUGCUUGUGUUCUUUGCCUAUCCUGUCUGUGACUCAGAUGAAGAAAUCAUUGUUGCAACAACCCGUAUAGAGACUAUGCUUGGAGACACAGCCGUGGCUGUGCAUCCUGAUGAUACCCGCUACAAACACCUGCAUGGAAAGUUUGUGCAGCAUCCAUUCUUCAGCCGCAAAUUGCCCAUUAUUUGUGACAGUUUUGUGGACAUGUCAUUUGGCACAGGUGCUGUGAAGAUUACUCCUGCUCAUGAUCCUAAUGACUACGAAGUUGGUGUGAGACUCAAGCUCCCUUUCAUCACAAUAAUUGACAAUAAUGGCAAUAUUACUUCAGACUGUGGCCAGUUUGCAAACAUGAAACGCUUUGAUGCUCGCAAGGCAGUUUUGAAGGCCUUACAAGAGAAAGGACUUUACCGUGAGACAAAAGAAAACCCAAUGGUGGUACCAAUGUGCAGUCGAUCUAAGGAUGUCAUUGAGCCUCUGCUCAAACCGCAGUGGUAUGUGGACUGUAAGCAGAUGGCUGCAGACUCAGUCAAGGCUGUGCGAGAAGGAGAGCUUAAAAUUAUUCCAGAAAUGUAUAUCAAGACCUGGUAUCAGUGGCUAGAAAACAGCAGAGACUGGUGCAUCUCCAGGCAGCUAUGGUGGGGACACCGUAUACCUGCUUUUUUUGUCACAGUGGACGAUCCAAGUGUACCUGCUGGACAGGACACUGACAACAACUACUGGGUGACAGGCAGAACAGAGGAAGAGGCCAUGAAGAAAGCAGCUGAGAAGUUCAAUGUCUCUGAGGACAAGAUACAUCUCAAACAAGAUGAGGAUGUUCUGGACACAUGGUUCUCAUCAGCUUUGUUUCCAUUCUCUAUUUUUGGAUGGCCUGAUCAGACUCCAGACCUAGAGGCUUUCUAUCCUGGUCAUUUGCUGGAAACUGGACAUGAUAUUCUGUUUUUCUGGGUGGCACGUAUGGUCAUGUUUGGCCUGACGCUGCUCGGCAAGUUACCUUUCACUGAGGUGUACUUGCAUGCAAUGGUGCGUGACUCUCAUGGCAGAAAGAUGAGCAAAUCUCUCGGCAACAUCAUCGAUCCCUUAGAUGUUAUUAGUGGCACCACACUUGAGGCCUUGCACCAGUCCCUACUGUCUUACAAUCUGGAUGAAAAGGAGUACCAUAAAGCCAUAGAAGGACAGAAACUAGACUAUCCUCAAGGCAUUCCUGAAUGUGGAACGGAUGCUCUACGCUUUGCUCUGGUUGCAUACACUGCACAAGGUCGUGACAUCAACCUUGAUGUCCUGCGUGUGCAAGGGUACAGGUUUUUCUGCAACAAGCUUUGGAAUGCAACAAAGUUUGCUGUCAAUGGUCUUGGUGAAGGCUUUGUCCCUGCGUCUGAAGUUAAGCUGUCUGGAAAGGAGUCCAAACUUGAUUUGUGGAUCCUGAGCAGACUUUCACUAGCUGUGGAGUCCUGUAACCAGGGAUUUCAAGCCUAUGACUUUCCCCUUGCCACCACUUCCAUCUACAACUUCUGGCUUUAUGAGCUGUGUGAUUGGUACCUGGAAUGCAUCAAGCCUGUGCUAUAUGGAGACAAUGAAGAUGCCAAGGCUGUGUGUCGUAAUGUGCUGUACACCUGUCUGGAUGUUGGUUUGCGCCUGCUGCAUCCCCUAAUGCCAUUUGUCACUGAAGAGCUCUUCCAGCGAUUGCCCCGCCGUAAUACUCAGGCUCCACCCAGCAUCUGUGUCACACCCUAUCCAGAAGUUGCAGAGUUGCCAUGCCGUGACACAAAACUGGAAUCGGAGGUGGAGUUUGCACAAAAUGUUAUCAAAACAAUCCGUUCAAUCCGUGCCGACUACAUGCUGGUUCCAAAGGUGAAAGUAGAUGUGUACUUGCGAUGUUUGGACCAGAGUACAUCCAACACUUUAACAACCUUUGAGGGUAUGAUAGCUACAUUAGCAAACACCAACAGCAUACAUUACCUGAUCGAGGAGGCCUUGCCAUCAGGGUGUGCCAUGCAAACUGUGUCAGCUCUUUGCGAGGCUCAUAUCAUGCUGAAGGGCGUGAUUGAUGUUGACAAGGAAGUGACAAAGUUGGAAGGUAAAAAAGAUACACUGGGUAAACAGCUGAAAAAGCUGCAGGAUGCUUCAACUGUUCCAGACUAUCAGACCAAAGUUCCAGAGGAAGUGAGGACACAAAACUCAGAAAAGAUGAACCAGCUGUCAAUAGAAAUUGACAGACUCAGCACAGCUCUUGCUACUCUAGCAACGAUGAAGUAGACUUACAGAUUUAUCUCCUGCACUGAUUCAUGAUAUUCCAGUCAUGGCUCUGUGACAUUUUUUGCCAUUCAUUUCUAGCCUUGAAAGUACAAUGAAAACUGUCAUUUGAGCUUACAUUGUUUUUGUUAAAUGUGGAGGCUUAAGGAUAAGUAAAGCAUAAUUGCUGAUGAGAAAUGGUGAAGGGAGAUGGACCCCUGUAAGAAAUUGAUGCCAGCAUCAAAAAUUGCAAUGUGAAAAGAAGAAAACAGAAAGUUUUCUUUUGCGCACUUUGAACUCGCCAAACUUUGCCCUAGGAGCAAUGUGAAAAUUAAUGAAAUCACCAUCACAAAGUGUUCCCAAAUGAUGAGACAAGUUCACACGAAGAAUCCAUUUUCACUUGGUUGGCACAUCCUGUAUAAAUUCUGCUGUGUCAGCAUGGACCUGAAUGUACAAGGAAUUCCCCACCACCUGCUAAUCAUCUUUGUGUAUGAUUUAAACAACUGAGGUAACAAUAAUCCAUUAUUUCAGAUAUCGGAGUUGUAUGCAAGUGCUUAGUGAAAAAAAAUCUUCAUUUUCUGGAUGAUAUUUUAAAAAAAUGAUGAAAACUAAAUUAAAAGUUACUUCAUUUUGUGUCGUGGCUCUGUCAUUUUCUCUCACAUUGCCUUUGCUGCUGCCUGAAGUCUGAAACAUACACUUUCUUAGAUUCAUUCUAUCACCGUAACAACAACUGUUUUUGUAGAUAGAAUAUUGGGAGGAGGUUAAUGCUAGUGUGAGAGUGAGCAGGGUAGAAAAGUACCAAGGAUAUAUAAUUUUCUUUCUUCUUCACUCGCAUUUUACCUGUUUUACAAAGUUGAUCAAUAAACAAAGCAAAAAAUAAA